AAAUUUACUUGAUGUACAAAAAAACGCAGUUUGUAGUUUGAUUUUCUUUAUUUUAUUUUUAUUUUGUUGUAAAAAAAACCCUUUAGAAUGACUGAGGAGGCCAAAAGCUAUGCGUUAACCAGCUCUGGUGCUGGGGACGUGGCUAGCUGUGUGGAGCGUUUGGUGCAGGAGACUAGCGAGGAUCUGAGGAAGUGUCGCGUGGAGCAGUCGCAGCUCCGGUCGCAAAUCACCGAAGUCAUAAAUGAGAAUCAACAUCUAACCGGCGAACUGGGCAAAUACAAACAGACCAUGAGCAAUGAGGAUUUAAAACAGCGUCUGCUCCUGACCAGCGAUGCUCUAGCGAAUGCAAUUUCCCAAAUAGAUGUAUUGCAAAAGGAACGACGUAGUUUCCAAGCGAUGCAGGGAUGCGCACAAAGGACUAUCAAGAACAUGGAGACGGAACUGCAGACAUAUCGGUCACAAAUGCCUCUAGAUAGUCACGAGCAGAUGACUGAAAAGCAUAACAAAAUAGUGAAAAUGCUGGAGGCCAAGUUGACCAAACAGCAGGAAGCGAUGCGCUCGCAAUCGGAUCUUAUCAGGUCUCUCCACGAGAAUAAGAAGCGCUAUGCCGAUCAGAUUGAACAAUUACAGGCCAAGCUGAAGGCACGUUAUGCAGCCGCUCACGAAGAUAGCGAGUCCAAGAUUACGUAUCUACAGCAGCAACUAAAAGAGAGCAUUAAGCGUGAAAUGGAGGCGAUGCGUAAGGUUCAGGAGUCGCUGGGUAUCAGCGAGGCAGCCGUGCUCGAGAAGGAGGGUGCUGAAAAACGUGCGGCAGCAUACAAAGAGGAGACCAAAACACUGGCGGUCAACAUUGGCAGCAUCAUGGAGGAAGCUGUUAAACGUGUAGACAAUGAAGUGGCUCAACUCAGGGACAAACUGACCGAAAAGGAUAAAACUAUAGCGUCGCUGCGUGACAAGCUCAAAACUGAAGCUGUCGAUCACAAGACAACAACGCAAACACUCGAAAGUCGCUACAAUUGUCUUAAAUCAAAAUACAAAGAGACGCUUAAGCAGAAUGAGAAACUCGAGAUGCAUGUGGAAGACUGCAAGAAGCGUCUUAUGGAGCUGGAGCAGUGUGCCUACAAUGAUGAAGCAAAUAGUUUGAAAAUCAAAAAGGAUUACGAGACGCAAAUGGAGAACUAUCUGCAUAAAUACAAAGAUUUGAAAGCACACUACAAAGACGUUUUAGAUGAUCUGACUACGAAAUUCGAGUGUGCCUAUGAGAAUGUUAACAAGGAGAAGUGCGAGCUGCAGGCCGAAAAUGAGAUGCUGAGAUCAGCCGGCGUUGAAGGCGACGGCACAGAUAAGUGUAUAUAACGUAUAUAUAUAUAUAUAUAUUUUAAAGUUGCUAGAUAUAUAUGUGUACAUAUCUGUUAAAGUUUUGGGUGUCUAUAAUAAAUACAUGUACAAUAAAAACAA